AUGCCAUCAAGUUCACCGGAGAGACACUUGGUCGCACCGGACAACAGCAACAUCGCUUCCAGACAGGCAUCCCAAGACUCGGACCGCGAAGUAAAAUACCAGACAGGAUUGAUGCCCGCCGAAUAUGCGGGCCUCGAGGUGGCCUCGCCCUCACCGGGCAUGAAGUACUACCAGCCUGCGCCGGGCGCCGCCCCCGAACCGGUACCGGCACCUGUCCCAGGCGGAUACGCGCCGUACCAAGAUCAAGAUCAGCACAACGGCUCCGGGUACGAAAGCCACCAGUACCCCGCACAUUCAACGGCCGGAAUGGGGUACGGCGGAAGCCAAGCGGGGAUACCGCCAAAGAAGAAUAAGAGGAUAUGGGGCAUCCCGGUGGCGACGUUUUGGGUAGCUAUCGUCGCGUUGGUCUUCUUUCUGGGGACGAUUGGGGCGUCUGCUGCAGCGGGAACGAUCGCACAGGCGCAUGCGGCGUAUGUGCAGACGUGCCAAGCUUCAGAGAACAAGACGUACACAGUGCCGAACUCGAAUCUGCGCUUCGUACGCGAGUGCGGCAACAAUUACCCCAUGAACGACCUGGGCCACAUCCCGCUGACGAGGAUGGAAGACUGCAUGAACCUGUGCGCGGCACUUGCUGUCACGACGCAGAGCGCUGAUGGGCCAUGUGUGGGUGUGGCGUGGGUUACGGCGGGGAAGCAGGGGACGGAUGAGAAUUAUUGCUGGUUGAAGAGUGCCAAGGGGGCGCCGGAUCCGAAGGCGAAUAUUGAAGCUGCGUGGCUUGUGAGGACGUGA